AUGGCGGUGACAGCUCGGCGUCUAUCAGCCUUUGCAUGGCAUGUCGUCGCGCUGUCCUCGUGCACCUAUGGCUUCAAGUCUCUCGAAGUUUUGCCCGAGCUGCUCGGUGUCAGCAUGGAGGAAGAAUACGGAGGUUUCAUGCAAUUCCUGACCAUGUGUGGUCUCACUGCUACGGCAAUCACAAUGGUCUUGGCCACCAUCCAGGACAUUGUCGGAACACCAGAAGCGCUGAGCUGGAUCAAGGACCUCGCCAUGGCCGCCUCACUGCCGACCGAGACGAUGAUCACCAUCUUGUACUGGUCGAUUGUGGUGAUCAACAAGGAUCUCCUGAUGCAGCCCAAGAAGGUGAUGGACCCGCACAACCCUGGACAGGUGCUGCGCGAAGAGACGGUGUCGGUGCCGUUCUCGAUCGAUGCAAGCUUGCACGCCUUUCCUGGCGUAUUCUUGCUGGUCGACUUUUUCUUGUUCAGCCGACCGCUGCCCAAGUCCAUCCCGAUCGUUGCCGUGGCGGCAGCGGUUACCGUCAGCUAUGCUCUGUGGGCAGGAAAGUGUGCCGAGAUGAAUGGCCACUAUCCGUACCCCUUGCUGGACGUUCUCAGUGAUGCGCAGCGCUUCGCUUUCUACAGUGUCGCUGGACUCGCAGCCUGCGGAACGGGCGCCGCGGUCGUUCGACUUCAAGCUCGCUUCAAGGAUCGAAGUGGUAGCAAGCCGAAGCGCCAGUAG